UUGUACAGCACAAGAUUCUGUGAUUUGGAGAGCCUUUUUUUCUCUUCUACCCUCCCUUGUACAUGAGUUUAUCUUCCCCCUUUAUCUUGCCUAUUUCAUCUCUCUCUCUUGGUGGAAAAUAGAUUUUCCAUGUGUACAGCUUUCCCGCCGCUCAAGAAGCUCGAAUCCGCGCGCGUAGAGAGGAUUUUCUUAAGGAUAUUUUCCGUGUCCUAUUAUAGCAUUUUGAAGAUCUCUUUUUUAUUUUUUCUUGAUAUUAAAAUUGUGUUGUACGGGGCGAACAAGCAAAAGUCCCUUUCGCACUCGUUCUCAUUUUGCCAUACUUUUAUGAUCCGGCACGUCUGCUGAAUACUAAAAGUCCUCAUUUUCGAAACAGCACAAGGGCGCGCACACUGAAAGAAAAGCACACCAAGAGAUAUAAAAUCUUAUUGAUUUGAAUAUUAUAGAGGGAAGGACGCGGGCAAUAAAAGCGUGGAAGGAGGCAAAAGAGUGCCAAAGACACCAGUGAAGAGUGACAAUUUUCAGUGUGUUUUUUGUGACGAGAAAAGAACACGCAGAAAGAAAGGAACAAGAGACGUAAUUGUGUGAUUGUUGAUGAAAUAUAAUUUUUCAUAACAAUUUGUUCAUCAGAAAAGAGCGUCUGUAAUAUUGGUGGUGGCAGAAAGAGGACACUUUUCACCCCACAGAGAUAUUGUAUUUUAUAGUUUAUUUUCUCCCCCGAAACAACGAGCGCGUGAUUCAUUGUGUCUUUCCAGCAAAUCAAACACAAUAAAUUUUAAAACAAGUUGAGCCUAGAAUCUCGGGCAAUAUCUGUGAAUAUAAAUUUGGUGGAAAACAUGGAAAAGUUGUACUAUAUGCUCACUUGGACUGUGCUAUUUGUUUGCAUUAUUUAUGUAAAUUCAGCCAUACCGCAGCAGCAGCUGGAGGGCAAAGUUAAAGAAAACAAUUGCACACAGGAUAAAUUCCGGUGCAAGAACGGUCGAUGUAUACCGAAACACUGGAAGUGUGAUCAAGAGAGAGAUUGCAGCGAUGGAUCAGACGAAGAUCCGGAUCUAUGCCAGGUGCAUGUUUGCUCAGCAGAUGAAUUUACAUGCAAGAACUCCACCACGGAUUGCAUACCAUUGUCAUGGAUGUGCGAUUUGAAUCAAGAUUGCUUCGAUGGAUCAGACGAAGCGGGAUGCAAUGUGACCUGCCGCUCGGAUGAGUUCACUUGCGGCAACGGGCGCUGCAUCCAGGAGAGGUGGGUGUGCGAUCGAGACGAUGACUGUGGCAACAAUGCUGAUGAGAGGAAUUGUCCCGAUGUGACGUGCCAUCCCGACAAAGAGUUCACCUGUUCCGACAACGUGUGCAUCACGGCCAAGUGGAGGUGUGAUGGCGAGAGUGACUGCCCUGACGGAUCGGACGAGAGGAACUGCGAGAACCAAGUGCGCAUCGUGUCGCCGUGCACGUCGGCGGAGUUCCAGUGCAGCGAUCGCAUCACGUGCAUCCACAGGAGUUGGGUGUGCGACGGCGAGAAGGAUUGUCCCGGUGGAGACGAUGAGGUGGCGCCGACAUGCCUCAAUGUGACAUGCCGCGCGGAUCAGUUCCAAUGCAGGGACCGUUCUUGCAUUCCCGGCGCCCUGGAAUGCUCGGGCAAGGCUGAGUGCGCCGAUGGCAGCGAUGAAGUCAACUGCACAUCAACGACGCCCAUCGUGAAGAAGUGCGACCCGAAGAAGGAGUUCGACUGCGGCGGCGGCAUAUGUAUUCCACUGUCGAGAGUGUGUGACAAAAAGCCCGAUUGUCCCGACUUCCAGGAUGAGCCCACUGAUAAAUGUGGCAAGAAUGAGUGUCUAAUCAAUAACGGCGGUUGCUCACAACUGUGUGUGGAUACACCAGCUGGAUACUAUUGUGAAUGUCGAAAAGGAUAUCGAUUAGUGGACAACACGAGUUGCGAGGAUAUAAAUGAGUGUGAGACUUUCGGUGCGUGCUCGCAGAAUUGCUACAACGAGCGCGGUGGCUUCAAGUGCGAGUGUGUGGAUGGAUAUAUGCGGGAUCCGCGCGACCACACGAGAUGUAAGGCGACGGAAGGACACGCUUCGCUCCUUUUUGCACGCAGAAAGGAUAUCCGCAAGAUUUCCCUGGAUCAUCGAGAGAUGACGUCCAUUGUCAAUGACACCAAAUCCGCUACGGCUCUCGAUUAUGUCUUCCGCACCGGCAUGAUUUUCUGGAGCGACGUGGCAGAGCAGAAGAUCUACAAGGCGCCGAUUGAUGAGGGAAGUGACAAGACUGUUGUUGUGCGUGAUCAGAUCGUGACGUCGGAUGGAUUGGCUGUGGACUGGAUUUACAAUCACAUCUACUUCACCGACACCCACAAGUGUACAAUUGAGUUGACCAAUUUUGAUGGAAACAUGGGAAAAGUGUUGAUUAAGGAUGACAUGGAAAUUCCGCGCUCCAUCGCUCUGGAUCCACUCAAUGGGUGGAUGUACUGGACGGACUGGGGCUCAUCGCCGAGAAUUGAGCGCGCCGGCAUGGAUGGCACGCACCGAAUGGCCAUUGUGACGUACGACGUGAAGUGGCCGAACGGCAUAACGCUGGACUUGGUGCGGAAGCGUGUUUACUGGGUGGAUGCGAAGCUCAAUGAGAUCUCAUCGUGCAACUAUGACGGCAGCGGGCGGAAUGUGGUGCUGUACUCUGCCGACUCGUUGCGCCAUCCAUUCUCCAUAACGACCUUUGAGGACCAUGUGUACUGGACGGACUGGGACAAGGAGGCCGUCUUCAAGGCCAAUAAAUUCACGGGGCAAGACGUUGAGCCCAUUACGGCGCUCCAUAUGUUGCAGCAUCCCAUGACCAUCCACGUGUACCAUCCGUACCGGCAGCCCGACGGCGUCAAUUACUGCCAGGCAGUUAACGGCCAUUGCUCGCACCUCUGCCUGCCGGCGCCCAAACUCAACGAUCGCAGCUCCCGCAUCUCCUGCGCCUGUCCCACCGGCCUCAAGCUCAUGGACGACGGGUUGAUGUGCGUGGAAGACGUGAUUCCGACGACGACAAUUAAACCGCCACCAUCAUCGUCAACAGUGGACUCAUUGUCAGUAACUCCCACAUCAAAUAACACCGUGGGCGAUGAUAAAUCACAGAGCAGUAAGGGUGUUGAUCAGCCCGCUAGAAUUAAUGACAAUCCAGAAGAGACGGUUGUGCAAACGAAGAGCGAAACCUCUUCCACAGCGGCCGAUGGAGCGAGUGAGUCGUUUAAGCGGCGAUUAACUAAGAAUGUGUACAUUCUUGCCAUUUGUUCCCAUUUAAACACUCAUACCGCAUUAACCGCAACGUCAUCAUCGCAAGAAACAUCAUCAUCAUCAUCAGUGGCGUCCGAGGGCGUCGAGACGUCCUACUCAUCAUCUGAGCAUUUCACGCACAAUCGCCAGCACGGCAAUCGCACGGCGGCGAAGUGGUGGCAGGAUGAGCACUCCUUCCCCUUUCGCCUGUUCCGGGCGGCCACGCUUGGGGGUGAGAUGGUGCCGGGGCUGUAUGUGUCGCACAAGUACAUUCGCUGGCUGUGCAGCAGGCACGCCAGGGCGACAGAAGGAGCUAACAUGCGUCCCAAUGGCAACAGUUCACAACCAAAUGGACCUUCUGUGCAGCGCGAGGAGGCGAACUCAGGAUUUAUUGAGAUUAUAAUCAUUGUUGUGUCUCUUCUCCUGUGCUUCAUCAUCAUGACGAGCUUGUUCUGCUGCUACCGCCACUACCAGGCUAGGAAUCUGACAUCGAUGAAUUUCGAUAAUCCCGUAUAUCGCAAGACCACCGAGGAUACGUUCCAGAUCGAGAAGCAGGGCAUGCACGGGCAUCGCAUCGGCGAAGAGGCUCAGGAGCCGCUGAAUAAGCCUGGGACAAAUGACUUUGUGUAGGGCACAAAAGGAAGGGGGAAAAGGGAGAAAGCUCAAAGGAUCGAAUAGCUUCGAAUAAAUUGUACAGAUGAUGGGAGCCAAAGUGUGAGACUCCCACCGAGCCAAAUGAGGACGCUACGAAAUGCAAAAGACUACGCAACAAUCAAAACUGAUGAUGUGCCAAAAACAAGAUGAAGAAGAGAACAUUUUCCACAGGUAUGAUUUAACACGACACUUCACAAGCGCCCACACUUUUUUUUUUGUAUAAAUUAUUAUCAUUAUUGCUCUUCGGUCGUAAGUUUCCUAUCAUAAUAAUAUUGUGGCGCUCUUCCUCAGAGGAAGACUGCAAAAGAUGUUGUUGUGCGCAGAGUGAGAGACAAUUGAGUUUGGAGAGUCUUAAGCACUUUGCUUAGCUGUAAAUGCAAUUUUGCCAAGACUCUUUUCUCUCGCUGCUGCACAGCAUCGAAAAUUGUGAGAUUAUUGUUUAAUUUAUUCGAGAAAAAAAUACACUCUUAUUUGUAUGUGUUAAUUUGGUUUUUAAUUAACACUCCAGGGCAGCUUAUUUAUGUGUUUUCACUCUAUACUUUUCCCUCGCAUUUUGCAUUAUUAUACCUGAGAAAAAGAAGAAAAAAAUAUGAAAAUUAAAAGUUGAAUUCUGUCUUUGCCAAUACUUUAAUUCAACACAAAGUCCUCAAUAAAGUUACGAGAAGGUGAAAAGCGAUGAGAGAACAGAAGAUAAAUCAAAGAAUGGUGAAAGAAAUUUGUCAAGAGAAAAUCUAUUUAAAAAAUGAAAUGAUUUGAAGAGGAAAAAAAAUGGAUUUCUUUAGUAGCCAAUUUGCUGUGAUUAUUUAUUGAUUGAUGUUUAAAGUGAGAAAGAGAGAGAGAAAUGAUCAAACAAGUGAGAAAAAUGCAUUAAAUUAGUAGAGAAUGAAAAGCUCUUCUGUAAAUAACAAUGAAAUCUGCAUGAAGAAUUGAUUGUAGUGCAGUUUGAUAAGAGGAUAAACUAAAGAGUUGUUAAGUAAAUAUGUAGUGUAAAAGCGAUUUAUUUCCCAUCUUAUUUCUCUCACCAUUCAAAAGUAAAAUCAUUCAUGCAUAGUUUGUAGUGGUGAAAUAAACAUACAAAAAGGUUAAUCAAAUUUUUCGGGGAAAAGGGAGAAAAUUAAACAUGUAAUUUAAUUAACAACAAGACACUUAGAAUAGUAAGACAAUUUUUAAAUAAAACUUUAGCUGUUUAGAUGUGCAUAUAUUAAAAGAGAGUAAAAGAAAGAAAAAAUCCUAUUUGAGAAGAGGCGAAACUUUUAAUCAAUGUUUUUAAUGAAAUGAUAAGAUUAUUAGAAAUGUAAAAUGUUGCUUGAGAGGCCAAAAUAAGAAAAAAAACAAGAUUUAUCGCAAGAACAACUAAACCAUGAAAUCUUCCGAUUGCAUCUAAGCAAGAAAAAAUUAUACAAAUAAUAAGGAAAAAGAAAAACAUUGAAUAUAUAUUUAUUAGGUUUACAUAUUAUCAUGAAAAUAUAUUAAUAUAUGGAAAUUAUUUUAUUGAGGUGGUUUAAAGUAGAAAAACCGACGGAAUAAUGAAGUGAAAUGUAGGAAAUGAAUAAUUAAAAAAAAUAUUUCGCGAAAUGCUCAGCAAGAAAAGCUUCUCGUGGGAAAACCAUGAGAGAGACAGAGCUUUCAAUUCAUGCCUCAAUUUAAGCACAGCAGCCAAAAAAAAAACGAAGUCUUCUCAUUUUAUUCGUCAAAAAAGCGGUCUAAUUCAUUCCACUUGAUGAUUAUUUGCAUAACAAUUGUGUGUGAAUCUUGACUGUUUUUUUUUCUCCUCUUGUGUCUUCUUCACUUCCAUUUUUACCCCCAGAAAGAAAAAGUGAGACGAAAGACACGCCGAAAGUUUAAAAGGGAGAAAGAAUGAGGGCAAAAAUGUACACACGCAAAAAAAGCGCCAACAAAUUAAGAAAAUGGGAUUCAUUAUUAUUUAUGUGAGAAAAAUAUUUAAUGGAAUUGCGAUGGGUGAAGAAGAGGAAGAAAGGGAAGAGGAAAUGCUAAAUGAGAGAUGAAAAAAGGCAUACAAAAGAAGUUAAUUUAAAUGUAAAGUCCUGCCAAUUGCCAUUUUUCUAAUAUAAUUAAUAACAAUAUAUUUUGUAAUAAAUGUGUAAUAUUUUGCGUAUUGCAAAGGAGAAAAAAGAGGGAGAA